AUCCCAGGCUUGGGGUGGGGGUUCGCCGCACUGCUCCCGUCGCCGUCACGGCUUCCGGUACUAGGUGGAGGGAAGGAAGGAGGGAGCCGGGGAGCGGGCCAGCGGAGCGGCCUCACCGUCGUCGGCCUGACUCGCCAGAGGGAGCGGCGCGGGAGCCGGGCGGAACCUGCGGGGGCGGACGCGGCGGUCGGAGCCGAAGCCGGGAACAGGCACAGUAUCAGCCUCAUAGAGUCAGCUCCUGCUGCCUGAGUGGGAGGUGAAGCUGGAGCAAGGCAGGGGUCUGGAACCAUCAUCUUGGAUGUAGGGAUCAGGUCAUCUGUACUAGGGACCAGGCUAAAGCUAGACUGCCACUGCCCCGACUUGGACCCCGUUGACCUCAGAAAGCAGCUGCUGUAAUCAUGGGCAAUAUCUUUGGAAACCUUCUCAAGAGCCUGAUUGGGAAGAAGGAGAUGCGCAUCCUAAUGGUGGGUCUGGAUGCUGCAGGAAAGACCACCAUCCUGUACAAGCUGAAACUGGGAGAAAUUGUCACUACCAUCCCUACCAUUGGGUUUAAUGUGGAGACAGUGGAGUAUAAGAAUAUCAGCUUCACGGUAUGGGACGUAGGUGGCCAGGACAAGAUUCGGCCCCUCUGGAGACACUACUUCCAGAAUACCCAAGGCUUGAUAUUUGUGGUUGACAGCAAUGAUCGGGAGCGGGUAAAUGAGGCCCGGGAAGAGCUGAUGAGGAUGCUGGCAGAGGAUGAACUCCGGGAUGCUGUGCUCCUUGUCUUUGCAAACAAACAGGACUUGCCGAAUGCUAUGAAUGCUGCUGAAAUCACGGACAAGCUGGGGCUGCAUUCUCUGCGUCACCGCAAUUGGUACAUUCAGGCCACCUGUGCUACCAGUGGGGACGGGCUGUAUGAAGGCCUGGACUGGCUGGCCAAUCAGCUCAAAAACAAGAAGUGAGAGCCAGGCAGCCCUUUCUAAUUACCCCACCCACUCCUGACACACCUGUUGUCUUCCUACUCCAAUCCUUACCCUUCCUUCCUAUUGAAAAGGUGGUCAAGGCCUUGGGUAUCAUGUCCGCAUGCCCAGUAAGAGCCUUGCCUUCCCUCCUCUCCACCCUGUCCAAUGAUAUGACUAGUCCCCACUUGCUGUCCUGAUGAUGAAUCAUUCCAAUUUACUGGAUUUAAAACAAAACAAGGCUGUUAUGGUUUCAUGGGGUGGUCCCCCCUCUCUCUAACCCUUCGGGCUUCAGGAGGAAGAGUGGGGAUAUCCUCUCCAUUUGCUUUGUUUAGCGCUGGUUGCCGUGCUCUUGGCAUCUGAAUUCCUUCCCUGUCUCCCCAGUCCCCUCUCCUCCCUAUCUUCCUUUCCUUCUACACUCUUUCCCUAUUCUACAUGGAAAUUGCACGGGCCUCUGUGUGUGCGUGCAUGUGUGCGCCUGUAUAUACAUGUAUAGAGAGAUAUAUAUGUGGGGGAAGGGGGGAGGGGGUAGAGUGCAGCUCAGGGCUUGCAGCCAGGACACUGCCCACUGGAGCCUGUCAUCUGUCCCUCUGUGCUGAUGAGAUAAAAGGAAAAAGGUGGGAGGGUUUCAGUCAGGCUGGACUGCCCCAGUCUGGGACUCAUUCCUCUUCCUGAAGGUAGCAUUCCUGGACGUUAGGACAGGUGAUGGACUCUGUGACCAUCUUCCUUGUACCCUUUUCUCCACCUUUCUGAAGGCGUGGGAUGGCAUUGAUCUCUCGAUGACUGUUCCUAAGGCCAUGCUGUUCUGCUCUGCCUUAUUAGUAGGAAGAGGAGGAUCCCACUCACUUUCUAUCAGUUCAGAGUGUUCUGUUGACCCUCCCCUCCAUCCUUAGAUGUGCCCCUCAGGAGCUUGAAGGGAGGCAGAGGUAGUAAGACUGGUGCGUUCAGGACUUGUGUACAGAGGGUGCAGUGCAGUAUGGGGAAGGCCUCAGAUCUUCUGUCUUCAUUGUUGUUAGCAGAAGGUGAGGCAUGUUUCUGCUGUCCUGUGCCCUUCUCAUCGUCUGAUCUUGGGGGCUGGGUGGUUCCAUCUGUUCUUUGUCAGAAACUUUCUCACCUUAGUAGUCCUGCUGGCUUGAUCAGGACUGACUGGGUAGACUAAUGAGAAGCCAUGGAGUGGGAGUGAUACAGCGGCGUCAGCAUCAACCCUUUAUUCUCCAGUUCUCUUACCUUUCUCAUGCAGGACGAGCUGAAAGACGGUUUUCUGUUCCCAGGCCUUCAGAAUCCUUGUUGUCCCCUCCUUUCCGUUCCAGUAGCUUUCCCCAUUCCUCCUCACACUUCCCACGAAUGAUCUGAGGGGUGUUGGAGUGCAAGAAAUAGAGCCCUAAGUGGUUGUUGGUGCUGGUGGAUACAGUGGUCUUCAGGGUCCUCCCUCCUUUAUCCUUUGGUUGUUCAGAAGCUGCUGCUACUGCAUCUCAGUCUACCAGGGGCACUUAUCCCUUAGGUCCUGGCCUGGGUCCUGACUGAAGGUUGCUGUGAAGCUGUGGCUGUUCUAUGGGCUCCUGUGUGUGCUGGCUGCGCCCUGAGCUCCAAGACAGCUGUCAUAACCUUUUUACUAAGGUUAGGAUCCUGGGCCCUCCAUAGUAUGGCUGAGGGACUCCUUCCCAGAAGGACUGUUCUUAGCCUCAUUCCGUGUGGCCAGCUGUCCUGCCACCUCUGUCUACAACAGGCAGAUCAGUACCCCCGACUUACCCCAGCUGAACUGUGAGAGGUUUCAGGGGUGUCUCUCGGUGCCCGUUCCUUAGUGCUGUGGUACUUACUUACCCAAGAUACUGUGGGUGUGUACAGGUGUCCCGCUUUCUAGGCUGUGUGUGGGUGUGGGUGGGGGGGGUGUAUGUGGGGGCACUGGAGGUUCUGUUUCAUUUAAAACUGGGCUCACUCCUCCACCCCACAGAUGCUGCCCUCCAUACUCUUGCAUCACUUUUCUAGUCUCCCCACUUCAUUGGCUCUCUGUCUGUGAACUUUUUCCUUUGCCUUCCUAAUUCAUUCGCUUCCGUUGCCUGUUUAUCUUUUCCUUGUUUUUGCUUUCUGUUUGACUUCCUACCCUCUUUGUGAUUGGCGAGGACUUUGCCUCUUCUUCUCUUUGCUCUUGUGACCCUACCUAAUUUGAUGCUAGUUCCAAACAGGCUUUGCGCAUUUCAGGCAUCUCUCCACCCCACACCCAGCCCCUGUUGUCUUUGCUCUGGGGCCUCCUGGGACCCAUCUGAGGCUAAGAGUGUCCAAGCAGCCUUGGAUGUCACCUUGGUGCCGCUCUAGAUCCGUCCAGCAGGGGGCAGGGCAGCAAGUGAUCUUAGUACCGUCCCUGGCUCUUGAGGGAGAUGAGAUGGGCUUUUUCACACUCCUUUACCUCACAGCUCUUUUGGCAUUGUGUGUUUUGUUCCAUUUCUGCCAACCCCUCUCCUGCUGUCCUCAAGUUGGUUUAAUUUUAUGAUUUUUCUUGUUGCAACUUUCUUCUUCCUGGGGACCACCCCCCUUCUCCCACUUCCAAAGUUUGUUUGUGGUGUCAUAGUGGUAACUGCAGUUCUGAACUGAUUUUUUUCUUCUUUUUUCUUCCUCUGGAAUGUAGAUUGUAUGUGUUUAAUAAUUCACCUUCUCUAUCCUUGCUCAAAAUGUGGGCUAACGCAAUGACUGUGACCCUGGUUGGAAAUUAAACUUGUUUUAUGCAGUU